AUUGUUUCAGGUCCAGGCUUUAUAGAGGAUUUGGACAUAGAGGCGUAUAUGAGCUCCGUCGGCGAAGGAUGCUACGCACCGCAAGCUAUCGACCCGCGCCGGACCGGAGGCCACCAGCUACCAGAAAGUCCACCGGACUCGGGUUCAGAGAACCCCUACAGUCCAUCAGACCCUCAAGUCUCCCAUGCCAUAUCUUUACCCCAAACGGUCCUCAGUUCGGACUACAUGCUGGUCCAUGACCACAUACCAACCCAGGAGAUUCUCCAGCAAAAUGGAGAUUACAUUUAUGAGGAGCUGAAGACGGAUAACAUUGAUGGGUUGAGGAGUAACCUCAGUGAUGUAGUGGUUCUACCACAGGACUCCAAUAUUGUGGAGUUGGGGAUCAGGACAGUCAGACAUGAUUUGGGACUGGGUGAUGUUUAUCAGAACAGAUACAGCCAGAUGCGGGUGGACAUGCCAGAACUGGAGCAGGGUAUGAUAAACCCUCAGCUGGUGGCUCUUGGACAUGAGACUUUGACUCCAGUGUACACCAGCCUCCAGGAACCGAGCACGAAGAAGAGGAAGCACUCACAGGACACUUCUCAAGUCAAAUGUGAGCCUGCGGCAUUAUCCCCCGAGAGUGUAACCCACGUGCCUCGGCCAGCACCUCCAUCAGUAGAUGGAUCUGAGGCUGGUGACGAUGCUCCACUACAGUGCAUCAGAUUCGGACCAUUCCAGCAAAACGUCUGGCAUUCUCUAUAUGACUGCAAUUUGAAGCCACUCCAACCUCCCUCCUACGUUGUCGGCGCAGACAAGGGCUUCAACUACUCCCAAAUAGACGAGGCCUUCGUCUGCCAGAAGAAGAACCACUUCCAGGUCACCUGCCAGAUACAGAUGCAAGGAGACCCUCACUAUGUGAAGACUGGAGAGGGAUUUAAGAAGAUCAGCAACUUCUGCUUACAUUUCUACGGUGUUAAGGCUGAAGAUCCCAGUCAAGAAGUGAGAAUUGAACAAAGUCAAUCGGACAGAACAAAGAAACCAUUUCAUCCUGUGCCGGUCGAAAUACGUCGUGAAGGCGCAAAAGUGACUGUCGGUCGACUACAUUUCGCCGAAACCACGAAUAAUAAUAUGAGAAAAAAAGGUAGACCCAACCCUGAUCAGCGCCACUUCCAGCUGGUGGUAGCCCUGCGAGCUCAUGUGGGUCAUAGUGACUUCAUCAUCGCUGCAUCAGCCAGCGACCGGAUAAUUGUCAGGGCGUCAAACCCGGGGCAGUUCGAGUCGGACUGCACAGAGAGCUGGUGGCAGCGAGGAGUGUCGGACAACAGCGUGCACUUUACCGGUAGAGUCGGUAUUAAUACUGACAGACCGGACGAAUCCUGUGUUGUUAAUGGUAACCUCAAAGUGAUGGGACAUAUACUCCACCCAUCAGAUGCGCGCGCCAAACACAACAUACAGGAGUUGGACACAGCACAACAAUUGAAAAACGUACAGAAUAUUCGAGUUGUCAAGUUCAACUACGACCCCUCAUUCGCGGAACAUUCCGGCCUACUAGGCUAUGACCCCAGUCGGCCGACACCGCAGUUGGACACCGGGGUCAUUGCGCAGGAGGUCCGCCGCGUCAUACCUGAGGCGGUGAAAGAAGCCGGUGACGUCACACUUCCUAAUGGAGACACUAUACCUAAAUUUUUGGUGGUUAAUAAGGAUCGAAUCUUUAUGGAGAACUUAGGCGCUGUAAAAGAGCUAUGCAAGGUGACUGGUAACCUGGAAUCCAGGAUCGACCAGCUGGAGAGGAUCAACAAGAAACUCUGCAAGAUCAGCAUACUACAGCGGAGGGAUAGCUCCAGGUCCAGUAUUAGUAAUGAUUCCCGCUACUCGGCAAUAUCAAAUUCAUCAAAAUCCCUAUACAGUGACGGCAACAUAUCCAUAGACCAAAUCCGAGAUAUAGCCCGCAAUAUACGAAAACACGAGUGUUGCCACAAAUUAAGCCAUAAUUCCCCCAAAUACACUCGCAAACAGUGCAAAAACUGCCACGUGAACUACUCGAAAUACGGCAAAUAUUACAAUUAUAACAAAACUUGUGUCCGAUAUCAUUCUAACAAGCUCGAAAAAGCCGAAAAUGUCGAAAAUCCGACAUACACGGACUCGAAUAUCCAGAAAUAUCCGGAUGACAGCUACGAAAGUACGAUGACUAAGAAGAAGGACACUUGUCUAUGGUUGAAGAGUGAUGAUAAUUUUUCGUAUAGCAACACUAAGCUCGGGUUUUGUUGCCGGAAAGAGUAUGGGGAUACCAGCAGUGAAUUGAUAUCGAAUAAGUUUCUGCAAAUCGUUAUUACUAUAUUGAUUUUUAUUAUGGCUGUUUGCCUCGUAGUGAUGUCAGCACUCUACUUCCGAGAACAUCAAGAACUAAUAUCAAUGAAAGAAAUCCGCCUUCACGACAAGCUCCACUACCCCCCGUACGGCAAGCCGAACAAUGAACCACACAGUCACAGAGCACCGCCAGACUUCAACCAGAUACAGAAUUCAAAAGCAUCACAACAUACAGCUUCUAAAAAAACUGCUAAAGAGAAAGGACCGCACAAAACGACCCAGGAAUACGUGACGACGGCCCCCACGGAGUCACCGCACACUGUAUCCACAUCUGCACAUCCCACUAAGAAUUAUGACAGUAAUCUUAUAAAUACGGUACCAACUCUACAAUCUCUACACCUGCAGAAUGAGCGUCCGAUAACAUCGUCACGCAGGGUUGAAGUCAUCGGCGGUGAUUGUCUAUUCACAUCUAAUACUAAUAACGAACUGGAUCCUGAGUGCCAGUCCCCAUGCGGCCUCGAACCCCCACAAACCUACGACAACCAGGAACCAUUAGAACGGAAACCUGAGAAGGAACUCAACGAUACAUUCGCGAGACCUUUGGAACCUUUAACAAGAGAAAAACUCCCAAGCAUGCCUGGCAUAAUCCCAGAGAAGAAUACCACAGAAUCGUUAAAAUCAGAGCCAGAAUCAUUGAGAAAUGAAAACGACUCUUUCAAAAAGGUUGAGAAUCUUCGAGAAGAGAUUAUAGCGAACUCUCUAGAUGGUAGUAAGCCGAAUGGUACAGAAAUCGGGAGUAGAAUGAAGAGGGAGGUACGUGGGAGGAGGGAAACAAGGGAGGAACUCAAGAACAGUUCUGAAGAGAUGAUUCUGAGCGAACAGUCGCAUGAAAAUUCUGGGUCUCGUGAAUGCGACGUAGUCCGCGUCGGUAUAUCAAGUAAAUCAAUAAUAAACUCGUCACUAUUUAGCGAGACUAUCUGCGGCAAUAAUAUAUACAACUACUCAUACACCAUCCCGCUGUCACACUGUCUCAGUCACAAACAUGUGGAUCUGACGUUCAGGUCAUCAAAAAUCAAAGAAUACCGUCUAUGCGACGUGAAAUGCAACUAUGACUCUUCCAAAUCCUGUUCAUCUACGAAGGAGCCUCAGAAGCCACCAGCUUCUGAAGACACGUGGAGUAUCAAGAUGGCUCUGGAAUGCAAUGUGGACCGUAUGCUGAAGAUCAGAGCCAGUUUCACCACUUCUAGAAUGCGGUUUCCAAAUAAGGAACUAUGCUACUUGACACCGGAACACAAGUAUCCAUUUAUAGAAUACAAUAUACGUAUACACAGCGAUUGUCAUAAUUAA